AUGCUCUCGGAGGAGGAUGUCGACCGGUUCAUGGCCGAAGCCAUUGCGGAGGCGCGCUUGGCGCUGGAGAGCGGUGAGGUGGCCGUCGGUUGCGUCAUAGUCGACAAAGAAGCACGGUCAGUCGUAGCUCGAGCGGGCAACAGCACAAACAAGACGCACAACUCAACUUGGCAUUGCGAGUUUGGAGCCAUAAGCACCGUUUUCGAAUUGGUGCCUGGUGGCAAGGUUGGAUGCGGCGACCGGGAGUCUUUGCACUCGUUCAUGUCUCGCUAUGCACUCUUCGUCACGUGUGAACCGUGCGUGAUGUGCGUAACCGCGCUUCAGAUAGUUGGGCUCACUGAAGUCUACUACGGCUGCCGCAACGAGAAAUUCGGCGGUUGUGGAUCCGUUCUCUCGCUACACGAAGGUUACGGCGGCAUGGCACCGUUGCGUUGUGUCAAGGGUAUCCGCGCCGACGAGGCUAUCGGACUUCUGCAGGCUUUCUACUCCUCUGGCAACCCCAAAGGUUUGUUGAGCGCCUCCUAG